UAAGAAGCCAUUACCUGUCCCUUUUAAAGAUCCAGUCAAAUUGGGGCACACUCGACAAAACAGUGCCCGCCUGGGUGGAAUACAUACAAUUCCUCAAGCCCUUUGUUAAACUCCCCAACAAGCAGACUGAUGAAAUAAAAUCAGAAAUAGAUUUUGAUUGUUCAAACGCUUAUGAAAGUGACACUAAUUCCCCGGCGAUCCGUUGCUGAGCUCCCACAUACGGGCCACGGACAUUAGCUGGCGACCCGAUGGCAUCAGAAUGCUGAUAAAGCUGUACGAGCGAUGCCCAAAUCUAUAUGAUCCGAAUCACAAACAGUAUCGAGAUAAAGUCUUGCGGGCCAAUUCUUUUCAGCAGAUUCUUAAGGAAAUGAGAAAAAUGUACGAACGCAUUGACAUGGCAGACAUUAACAGCAAAAUUGUGUCCUUGCGCAGCCAAUAUCUGCGUUAUUUGAAGCAGAAUGAAAGCAACAAGUCGGCACCUUUCUGGGUGGCAUACAUCACAUUCCUCAAGCCAUAUCUCAAGUUUACUUCAGACAGCGACGACCUCAAUAUGCCAGCUGAAACUGACACAGAUGUGCCAUGUUACUUGAGCGAUUUACAAAGUGCUUCGUUGCCCUCGAUCGAUCCGCUCUUGGACUCCUUGGACGAUGGUCGAACGAGCAACAAGCGCAAAUUCAAAGCCGACGUGGAGGCAUUUGGAGAGCUCAUAAAAGCCGAAAUGGAACAAAUUGAGAAUCCCAGCAAACGUCGGGAGCUACGCAUGAAGCUAUUGAAAGUCAUAGCCGAAGGCGUGGAUUAAAUUGAAUCAAAUCUCCGCUGUACUUGCCCGCCCUUACAUAUUAAAAUGUAUUACAAUUAUGGAUAAAUUUUAGUCACAUUUAAUGUUUUAUUUAAUGGAUAAAAAGUCAAUUAUUUAGA